CUUUAUUGACAUUUUUUAUCUUUAGUAAAACGGCGUACUACUUUUUUGGGCUUAAUUUAUGCUUCUAUAAAAGAAGCGAAUUUUGUUUCUUUUUUAUUUUUUUAUUUUUCUCUUCUUAUUCCAAUUCUCUAUCUCCAAACAUGAACCAUUCAAGCUUUCAACAUAAAAGAGUAAAUCUAAUUAGACGCCCACCACUUAUUCGCUCUACAUCACCUGUAUUUACAGAAAAAGUUAAACAAAAAAAAUCCGUGCGCUUUUGUGAUAAUGAUUCACUAGAAAAUGUUCGCUUGUUCUUGAAAUCGCAAAUGCCAAAGGCUUGUCGCUCAGAUCCUCCUCUUAAUAGACAACCCAUGUUUCAUCUUUCCCGUCCUAAUUGGCCAGAACAAUUGAAUAAUGGCUUUGUUCAAAUGCAAGAUAUUGAACUCAAACAACACCAACAAGGUAUCAACCUGCUAGGCCAUGUCCAAGUAGCUAAUUUGGCCUUCCAGAAGCAUGUCGUGAUACAUUAUACACUGGAUGAUUGGAAGACUGUCAAGACAACCGAAGGUCUUUAUCAAACAUCAACUGGUACAUGGGACCGCUUCCAGUUCCAAAUUGAAUUACAUCAUCCUGCCCAUAAGACGCUCUAUUUAGCUGUCAAAUACACUGUCAACGACCGCGAGUUUUGGGAUAAUAACAACUGUAAGAAUUACAGAAUUGAUAUUGUUUCAGAUACGGAAUUACAAGAUGAAUUUGGAUCUUCCUCGGAUUCAGACGAUGAACAAAACACGUUUGACGAUAUUCAACACGAAGAAGACGAUUUACUAGUCAAGAAAAUGGAACCUUUAUCACUCACGAAUAAUCAUUGUGAAAAGCCCCUAUCACCACCUCUUUCACCUACUACCCCCGUUGACACAAACCCUUUAUGGUCCAACCAUUCUUAUUUCUCAGACACUAAAGACAAUAGCGACUUUAGUGCAUUGAAUGAGAUGAUUCAAAGGUAUUAUCGACCUUCCUCUUCUAAUCUUUUCCAUUCUACCUAUUAUCCUACUCGCUCAUCACCCACAACGCCUAAAGCUGUUCUUGGUUAAAAUAACAACAUCAAAAAAUACCCAAUUACCAUGUAUCAUUAUUAUCCAAAAAAGUUAUAUUGCAAAUAAAGAUAUUUUCUUUUUCUCACCUGUU